AUGACCUUAAAAACUAAAGAAAAAAUUUAAAAUGAUAACAAUAUAAGUAACAGUAAAAGAGAUCUAAAGUAGGCUUUGUAGAGUAUAAAAAUCAAGUAAAAAAUAGGCAAUAUUGUUGAUAAAACAGCUAUUAGGCGUCUCUAAAAGCUUAAAAAAGAAAAUUUUAGAAUGCUCAAUGAUGCAGCAAUAAUUUUAUAAGACAAGUAGAGCUCUAAAAACGAAAUUGAAUAUUUAGUAGAUAAAAAUGAUCUUAGUUUCUUGGAAAAGUUGGAUUAAUUAUUUCCUCCAUUUAACCCAUGCUCUAGGAUUAAGCUUUUAUGGGAUGUUAUCCAAAUGUUUUUUAGUAUUUGUAUUAUUUUCAUAGUACCUAUUCAUUUAAUUUUUGAAAUUGAUCUUAUGGUAUUAGUUUCUCCCUAUGUUGUCUACACUAUCAUACCAUUAAGUCUAAUGGUUGAUAUAUUUGUGAAUCUAAAUACUGCUUGUUUCUUAAAAGGAACCUUAACAAAUAACAGAAAAAUUAUUUUUAAGAAUUAUUUAAGACAAGAUUUUAAAUUUAUAACGCUUACUUGCUUCUACAAAGUUUAUCAGUUCAAUAGAGUGUUUAAAAGGGUAGAGGAUGAAUUUCCUCUAAGCACUUAAACUAGUAACAUAAUCUCACUAGUUAAACUUUUUUUGAGUAUUAUUUUAAACUUGCACAUUUCAGCAUUAGCUUGGCUUAUCAUAGGAUUUAUCUAAAUUAAAUAAGGAGAAACUAAUACUUGGAUGAACGCAGCAAGUAUUGCAAAUUCUGAAUGGCACGUUUAAUAUAUUUAUUCAUACUACUUUUCCACAGUCACUAUGAUAACAGUUGGCUAUGGAGAUAUCUCUCCUCACACUAUCGCAGAAAAAAUAUUAAGUAUUAUAAAUAUGAUGAUAGCAUGUGGCCAAUUUGCAUAUAGUGUAAACUCAAUCGGAAAUAUAUUUGAACAAUUCUUUAGACUUGAUAACGAAAUUUAAGCAAAUAUGAAGAUCAUCAAUAGAUACAUGACAAAUAAAACAAUAUCUAAAAAUUUAUAAUAUUAAGUUAGAGAAUAUUUAGAAUAUUACUGGAAAUAAGAGAAAUCUAAUAAUACAGAUUUAGAAGUUAAAAUUUUAAAUUAACUUUCACAUAAGUUGAAAGAAACACUAUUAAUGGAGGCUAAUAAAAUAGCUUUAAGGGAGAGUCCUAUUUUCAGCAAAAAUUUUAGUGAGUAAAUAAUAUAAAAGACUGUGCCAUUGAUUAAAGAAAUUAGAUGUACUCCUGAGGAAAUUAUUUAUCUCAAGGGUGAUUAGGAUGAUUUUGCAAUAUAUUUUAUUGAAAAAGGAUAAGUUGAAGCAUUCACUUAUUAAAGGACACCUUUUAACAAGAAAAUGAAAACUAUCAACUCUCUAUAUACGAUAGGUAAAGGUGAUUUUUUUGGAGAGUAUAGCUUCUUUACUGGAGAACCUAGGGAUAUUAACAUAAGAAGUUUAGAAUUCACUACUCUCUUGAAAAUUAAAAGAGCUGAUUUAGUGACUUUACUUAAAGACAGUCCAGAUGACUUUGAAAUAUUUUGUAUGAUUCGAGACUCUGCAACAUUUAAUAGCGAAAAGAGUUCUAUUAUGAGUAAAUGUUAAUGCUGCAAUGAAUUCGAACAUUCGAUAUCAUAUUGUCCUUUAAUACACAAUGUUCCGAAUAAGUUUAAUAUUAUAAGACUACAUUCUACAGGCAGGGAUUAACCAAGAGAAAAAAUUAAAAGAAGGAGAGACAAGAAGAAAGAAAAUACAUAUUUUCACAACUAUGACUAUUAAGUAAGGAUGGAAGAUUUUGUAAAUGAUAAUAUGGAAGAAAUAAGAGCCUACUUUAGGAAAUAUUUCAUUGAAAUGGUAAGAAUAGAUUCAAACGAUUCAAUACCUUCUUCAGACAUAUUUGAAGAGUAUGGUGAUGAUGAAGAAGAAGAAGAGCUAGAAGAUUGUGAUUAAGAAGAUUUUAUAGAUCCUUAAAAUUAAGUGUCAAAAAAAUCUCAACUAUUUCUAAAUUUAGCAUAAAGGUCAAAUCCUUUAAACAUAAAUAAUCAAUUAUAAAAUUUAGCUUUGAGCACAAGCAACCAUUCAUAGAAAAUAGUAAUUGGCUUAGAUUAAAAAAUGGUUAGUUAAUAAAGUAAAGAUUUAGAAGCUCAUAAUUAAAAUUAAGAAAAUUAAAAAAAAGGUUAAGUUAGCUCUGAAGAUAAAUUGGUCAGCUCAAGUAAAAAUAUUUUAGCUGAAGAAGAAAAAAUUAAUACUAGCGAUUAACAAAAUGUAAUAAUACCAUCGAGUAUUACCAGAAAGCAAUCAAGGCAUAACACAAUAAAUACAAAAAAGAUGUCGAAAAUUCAUAAUAAUAGGAGUGAAAGUAUUUUUAGUAUAUAGAAAAAACAUAGAGGAAGCAGUAUAAAUAGUAUUGCUUAAUCUAUUUUUGACAUAAUUAGAGAGAGAAAUAUUGAUCCUUUAGAAACGAUACUUGAAUUGAUGAAACUAAAUUAAAAUUAAUAUUUAGGCGGAAAUCCUAAUCAUCAAUUUAAUAAAUAACCUUCUUUAGGAAAUCCUAAUUAGCACUUGUAAUAAUAGUAAAGUAAUUUGUUUGGCUAAGCUAACACAAAUCAAAGAGAUAAUCUUAUCAAAAAGCAAACAUAUUAAUCUGAGUAAGAUAAACAAAGAGAGUAAUCACCCAUAAACAUGAUGUUUUAAAGCUAAAAUUAAUAAUAAUAAAAUUUUUAAGAGCCCAUAGAUGAUACAGCUAGAAAUUAUAAAUUUUAUUAUCCUUAGCAUAACUUGUCAAAUAUUAUCGAAAACGUUUUAGAAAAGAGAAGAUAAAAACGUGAGGAAGAAAAAAAAAGAAUAGAGCUCAUUUUUUAAAAGUAAUUACUUUAGAAUAUUAAUAUUAAACCUAGGGCUAAGACAGGUUAAGUUAAGGUUGUUUAAAUUGCUAAUAGAUCUUAUAAAAGACCUUUAAAUAGAAUUUCAAGUGACAUCAGAAAGCUUGAUAAAAUUUAAAAACUUAUGAGUUUUAAAUUAAACACUAAAAGUAAAAGUAUAAAUGAAGAAGAUGGUUAAAGUAGUUGUUCAUCUGAAACAUCUAAAAUAGAAAAUAGCUCUCAAGCAUCCAAAAACCGCUUUUCAGUUUUAAAAUAAUAGAAUCAAGAACAAUUUAAAGAAAACUAAUCAAAUUCUUAAAUAUAAGAUAAUUAAUCAAAAAAAGAUUAUCUGAAAAGAGACCCUACCAUUUAACUUAAUUAAGAAGAUAAAUAAAACGAUGAAGAUAUAGAAUAAGAUGAUUAAAUGUAUGUACAGCCAAUACAAAAAGAAUUUAAAAUUUACAAUUCAUUUUUUCAAACAAAAUAUAGCAAGUGUAACGAUACUUGUGAUCUUGAUAGCAUAAAACUCAACUUUGGUUAGCAAUCAGAGAGUGUUUCUAUGCAUAAAUUAAAAUUUAGCAAUGAAAAUAUUUGA